CCGCGAAACGUCGAACCCGCGUCCGCUUCGUGCCUCUACAACAAUUUUACGAUAACGUUCUGCUUCCUCCCUCUCCUCUGGACCAACCAAUAUGAUAGAGAAUGAAGAUGACCCUGCAAGAAGCGAUGGCCUCGAAGAGCAGCCGCUCUUGACUUCGGAACAGAGAAGAAGGCACUACGGGCCCGGGAGUGCACAUGCUGAGGACUCCGGUGCGCGGGGGCGUCCACCAUCGCCCAUCCUUAGGCUAGAGCGGGACGAGAGCUGGGUUGAAGAGGUACACCAGGACCAUGAGAAGCGCAAGCUAGGAUUCGUAAGCGCAUCGUUCCUGAUAUUCAAUCGUGUUAUCGGCACUGGGAUAUUCGCAACUCCAAGCGUGAUUUUGCGCUCGUCGGGUAGUGUCGGGCUGUCACUUGUAAUGUGGCUAUUGGGGGCACUUGUUGCGGCCUGUGGGACUGCUGUGUACAUCGAGCUAGGAACUGGCAUACCACGCAAUGGCGGUGAGAAGAACUAUCUAGAAUUCAUCUUUAGACGGCCAGUAUUCCUGUCGACGUGUGUGUACGCGAUGUAUGCGGUGUUCAUAGGCUGGCAGUCUGCCUCAGUCACCGUCUUUGGCGAAUAUAUAAUGCAUGCUAUCGACCCGAUGCACCCAUCAUCCCCCGUCUUUUCUCGGCUCGCAAGCCUGCUUUGCAUCACAUUCGCCUUCGUGCUGCAUGGUACACAUAUCAAAUGGGGAGUCCGGUUGCAGAACUUCUUGGGCGCGUUCAAAUUGAUCAUCCUGACCGGUAUGGCGUUCAGUGGACUGGCGGCGUUAGCAGGCAUUCCUGGGUUCAAGCUACAGAACCCUCCUGAUAACUUUAGAUGGGACACAAUGUGGAGAGGGAGCGGAAGCGGUGGGGCAAAUGCCUUUGUCACCGGUCUUUAUACCAUUAUUUGGUGUUUUAUAGGGUACUCCAAUGCCAACUAUGCGCUGUCAGAGAUCAGAGAUCCAGUGCGGACAAUCAAAUUCGCUGCCCCAAUAGCCAUGAUCGCGAUUACCGUCGUAUAUAUGCUAGUUAAUAUCGCGUAUUACGCCGUCGUUGACAAGGACACGAUCCUGAGCAGCGGAAGAAUCGCCGCCGCUUUGUUCUUCGGAAGGCUAUGGGGACAACGAACGGAGAGGAUCCUGAGUGCAAUUGUGGCGUUGUCGUCGCUUGGAAAUGUCUUGGCUGUCCUGUUCUCUCAUGGACGAGUCAUUCAGGAGCUCGGGAAAGAAGGCGUUCUGCCAUUCUCGAAGUUCUUCGCAAGCAACAAGCCAUUCGAUGCCCCAAUGGCAGGCUUGUUUGCCCAGUUCCUCGUCACCGCUUUCCUAAUCGCAGCAGUUCCGGCCGGCGACGCGUACCUUUUCAUGCUGAGCAUGUCUUCCUAUCCACUGUCGUUGAUUAACACACUAGUCUCUGGUGGAUUACUCUUAUUGCAUAUUCCAAGCAUUGGCCUGGACAAAUCAUACAAGUGGAGUCCGCCCUUUCAGACGUACCUUCACGUGAUCGCAUUCUUCUUUGCGUCGAACCUAUUCCUGGUCUUCGCACCUCUUGUCCCGCCUGCCCCUGGAUUCAAGCCGUAUCAGAGCCUACCGUAUUGGCUUCACGUCUUCACUGGGUUUGCGAUGUCCUUCAUUGGGGUAAUUUAUUGGUAUUUACGGUGUAGAUGGCUUCCUCGUAAGCAAGGCUACAGCAUCGUGCCCGAACCCCACUAG